AUGAAAGGAGAUAAUGUGUUAUUGUAGAAUUGGUACCUCUUAGGGGUGAAAAAAAUUCAAGCCUUACCCACACAGCAGGAGCUUGGUACAUCUUAGGCAUUCUUUUUAAAAUUUCUGACCAGCACCCCUGUCCUGUUUUCAUGGGAGUCCCCCCCAGGACAGUGAUGUGUACAGUUGAGCAUUGCUUUCUCAAAUUCAAAUCAUUUUCCCUUGGACAUGCUUUUCAGUCAUUUUUGAUCAGCUGUUAGUUUUUUCCCUUGACAGCUCGAGGUAGUAGAGUUCAACUGCAUUCCCUGUGUUUGUUUUAUUUCAUCAGAGGAUGGAAGCACCGAAAAAAGGGAGGCUCCUGACUUUUAAAAACAAGACAUUUAAGAUGUGGAGAAAGAGACGACAACGUCCAGCUCUUGAUAAAAAGAGCGGAGUAAAGGAAACCCCAAAUUUACAAAUGCCACCCCUGUCGACAUCUGAGGAGAGUGAAAUGUCUAACUGUGAGACCACUGUGGAUCUGCCUAAACCACAAGAUGAUCAAAGUAUAGGCACAUCUAUAAAAGAACAGAGCUCAACAACUUCAGAUAUAACAUGUGUGGAUAUAACUUCUGUCUAUAUGACCUCAGCAGACAGCGAGAAAAGACUCAAGGAUAUGUCCAGUGAAGGACAAAAACAACUGGUUGUUUGUUUACAACCUAAUGACGUCCUUGGAAAUGACUAUAGAAGAUUGGCUGAUAAAUUGGGAUAUAGGAAUGAUUAUAUCAAGUAUCUAGGAAGUACAGAUGAACCAGUAAAAACAUUAAUUAAGGAAAAAGGAGACAUGAAAAUUCUGGAGUUGAUUCCACUGUUAGAAGAUAUGGGGAGAAACGAUGUGGUGGAAGAACUUCAGAAAAGUUUAAGUAGGUUGCCCUCAUUGUUUUGUUUUCUGUGUUUGACAAACUGUUAUCUUUAUAACAUUUUUAUUGCAUUACUUGUUUCUUUAACUACAUUCAAGGCUGUGCUCUAGCAGCGCCUGGUCGCCUGAGGUGACUGGCCUCCAUCCUCGGGCAACAAGAAAAACAUACAUAGUCACCUGGCUGGGCAACCUCCUUUUUGAGAUUUAAACUUAGAGAUGAAAACAAUCUCACAAUAAUUUGUCUUUCCCUUUUUGAUUUCUUGUGUUGUAUUGAAGUUUACAAGACAAAAUGGCUCAAUUCAGAGUGUUUAAAUUCAUCUGUGAGGUCAGAACAUAGGUCAUUCAAUGGCUCAGUUCGAUGCGUGGGUUUAACACUGGUCUGCAGUGAUAUGGACAGCAGUUUACUUGUGUACUUGGUAUAGCAUCAACAAAAAGUCUUCUUAGUUUUUGUGGAUUGCAUAAUGUGCAUUAAAAGUCCCUAAUAGAAGGAGAAUGUGAACUAAAUUAUUAGAAGCAUAGAGGGAAAAGAAGGAAAAAGGAGUUAAUUUGUCUUCAUAUAUCAACCAUUUUAACUCAUAAAAAUGUGUAAAUUUUAUCUUUCUUUGUGGACUUCUGACAACAGUAUUACAAAAAAUUACAUGUGAACCUUUUAUUUUUGGCAUCUGUAAAUGGGAUAAAUGCCCUAGAAAUAAUUCGACAUUUUUGUUUGAGGGUCAAUCGGUUAUCAUAUAUUAAUUAAUAAUGUUAUUAGAUCAUUAUAAUUAAUUAAUUAAUUAAUCAAUUAAUUAAUUUUGUUUUGUUUUGUUCGGGCCACCAAUCUUGACUUCUGGGCACCCUAGCCUACAAGGUUGGGUGCCUGAAGAGCUCCUUAGAGUUUUUCUUAGAGCAUAGCCUUUACACUUAUUAUAAUGACUGGAUUUCAGCACUCUCCUUCCACUAAGUGCCCCCUUUCUAGUAAGUGCUCCUCAUUGAGUGUCAUUUUUUAACAAUAAGUGGCCCCUUCCAAUGAGCACCCCAUAGCAAAAGCAACAUUCAUGACAUGGAUGUAGAAUAGACUGAUUAGAUUAUCAAGUCUGCUCAGAGCCAUUUGCAAUUAUUGUUAUAGUUCUUUGGUUGAAGUACAUCUGUUGUCUUCUUUUAAGGCUUGUAUCUCAUUCAUAUGCAUAUUUUCAACGAGAUAAUUUUCAAGAUAAGAUUCCUAAUAAACACCCCUUCUCAAAUAAGCAUUCUCCUGUGAAGCAUUAAAGGUAAA